CACUAAUUCUUCCUCCAUGGUUGGCGCGCUUUCCCGGCGUUUGUUUACCUUCCGCGGCGGCCUCCUCCCUGUGCUCCUCCCCGCCUUACAAUUACACACCGCCAUGGGAAUUACGGGCCUUUCCAAGCUGAUCGCCGACGUGGCCCCUGCAGCCGUCAAGGAGAACGAGAUGAAGAAUUACUUUGGUGAGGCGCCGACAUUUGGCCGUAAGGUUGCUGUGGAUGCCUCCAUGAGUCUGUAUCAGUUCCUGGUGGCGGUGCGGCAGGAGGGGCAGAUGCUGACCACUGCGGACGGCGAGACCACCAGUCACUUGAUGGGCUUUUUCUACCGCACGAUCCGUAUGGUGGACAACGGCAUCAAGCCCGUGUACGUGUUUGAUGGCAAGCCCCCCACCAUGAAGGGCGGCGAGCUGGCCAAGCGGAAGGAGCGGCGCGAUGAGGCUCAGAAGGCGCUGGAGCAGGCUGAGGAGGCGGGCAAUGUGGAGGACGUGGAGAAAUUCAGCCGUCGCCUCGUCAAGGUCACGAAAACCCACACGGAAGAGGCCAAGAAGCUGCUGGAACUGAUGGGCAUCCCUUACGUGGAGGCCCCUUGUGAGGCCGAGGCUCAGUGUGCGGCCCUGGCCAAGGCUGGUAAGGUAAGUGUGUGCGACUGGAUGUGACGGAGGGUUCAGGACACCUCUCCUCCCGAAAUUGACCUCUCUUUUUGGACACUCCUUUGACCUCUA